UUUCUCCUGUCCCGGUCGAAUGUGUGUAGAAGCUGCCUCCUCCUCCAGGACUCGCUGAGGAAAGGACGGGAGGAGAAAGAGAAGAGGGCGCCUAGAAGGCGGUGGCUGGCAAAUAAGCAAGCAGUGGCGACGCGCUCUGGAACCCAGUAUCGGCGACUAGGGUUGCUAAGGGGCGGGGUUGCCCCCUCCUCUCUCUCCCCUCGCGCUGCGAGUGUCCGAGGGCAAAAGCAGCGCGCCUUGGGUGGAAGGUAGGAGCUUCCAUUGGAACGCUACCAGAAGCGGAGAAAAGCGAACGGGAGCAAGAGGAAGAGCGGGGCAGCUGUAAAAGGCUGAGGCGGUGUGCGCCUCUCUUGCCUCGAGUGGCCGCCGGAACCCUGUGCGGCUUCGGAGUCGGCAGGCGGGUGCUGCAGCCGCCUUUGCUGCUAUGUUUCAUUGCAUCCCGCUGUGGCGGUGUAACCGUCAUGUGGAGAUUAUCGAUAAGCGCCACUGCUCGCUGGCCGCCGUCCCUGAGGAAAUCUACCGCUACAACCGCAGCCUGGAAGAGCUGCUGCUGGACGCCAACCAGCUCCGAGAGCUGCCGAAGCCAUUUUUUCAGCUUGUAAAGCUACGAAAACUUGGGCUUAGUGAUAAUGAAAUUCAGCGACUUCCUCCAGAGAUAGCAAACUUUAUGCAGCUGGUAGAACUUGAUUUGUCUCGAAAUGAUAUUCCUGAAAUUCCUGAAAGCAUCUCCUUCUGCAAAUCAUUACAGGUAGCAGACUUCAGUGGGAAUCCACUCACUAGGUUGCCUGAAAGCUUUCCUGAAUUGCAGAAUCUAACAUGUCUUUCUGUAAACGAUAUCUCUCUACAAGCAUUACCUGAAAAUAUUGGAAACCUUUAUAACCUGGCAUCACUGGAAUUAAGAGAGAAUCUGUUGACAUAUUUACCUGAGUCAGUUGCCCAGCUGCAGAGGCUAGAAGAGCUGGACCUAGGAAACAAUGAACUUUAUAAUUUGCCAGAAACUAUAGGUGCACUUUAUAAUCUUAAAGAUCUCUGGCUGGAUGGAAACCAGCUGGCUGAAUUACCUCAGGAAAUAGGAAGCCUGAAAAACCUGCUAUGUCUGGAUAUCUCUGAAAACAAACUGGAAAAACUACCUGAAGAGAUAAGUGGUCUGGCAUCUUUAACUGACCUAUUAAUCUCCCAGAACCUUCUUGAGGUGCUACCAGAUGGCGUAGGAAAAUUGAAAAGGCUAUCCAUCUUGAAGGUUGACCAGAACCGACUUGUUCAGCUAACAGAAGCAGUAGGAGACUGUGAAAGUCUUACUGAAUUAGUUCUCACAGAAAACCAGCUGCUGACUUUGCCGAAGAGCGUUGGACGGCUAAAGAAACUGAACAUACUGAAUGCUGACAGAAACAAACUUGUGUCUUUACCCAAAGAGAUUGGUGGGUGUUGCAGUCUAAAUGUUUUUUCAGUACGUGACAACCGGUUAUCUAGGAUUCCUCCUGAGAUAUCACAAGCUACAGAACUUCAUGUCCUAGAUGUAGCUGGAAAUAGGUUGCUUCAUCUUCCCAUGUCGCUCACUAGUUUGAAGCUGAAAGCAUUGUGGUUGUCUGAUAACCAGUCCCAGCCUCUGCUUACGUUCCAAACAGACACAGACCCUGAAAUAGGGGAGAAGACUUUAACAUGUGUUUUACUUCCUCAAAUGCCUUCUGAGCCUGAUUGCCAAGAUAACCUGCCCCGAUGUGGUGCACUCGAGAGCUUGGUAAAUGAAAUGUCAGAUGAGACAUGGAAUGAACGAGCAGUAAACAGAGUCAGUGCAAUCCGCUUUUUAGAAGAUGAAAAAGAUGAAGAAGAUAGUGAAAUGAGGACACUUCUAAGGCGAGCCACUCCACACCCUGGGGAAUUAAAGAACAUGAAAAAGACAGUGGAGAAUUUACGGAAUGAUAUGAAUGCUGCUAAAGGACUGGAUUCAAACAAAAAUGAGGUCAAUAAUGCCAAUGACAGAGUGACCACUUCUGUGUAGAGGCUUACCUCCCAGAUUUUUGCCUCUUGUCUCUUUCCCCCAUGCUGUUCAAUGGUUACUGUUGCAUCCUGGGAUUUCAUUCAAUCAACCCUCAUGUGUGUAACCAGCAAUCCGACUCAUCUCGUCUUUGUGUCAUUACUUUUGGAAGGUUCUUCUCACUGGAAGAAAAGUACCUUAUUUCAAUCCAAGCAUUUGAACCAAGAGGGCGCAAUGCACUGAGAACUGCCUCCCACAGUCUUGUUCUUUGCUUGCACAGCUCCUGUUUGUUUGCUGGUGAAUUGUUCCCAUCAAUUGAAGUGUUGUCAUUUUAAAAAAGAUAAACGUUUCUGUUGUUUUAUAAAAAAAAGAAAAGAAACAUUAAGAGAGAUACACUAUUAUACAAUCAUGCAUAUCUUUUACACAGGGAAGUUCUCUGCUGUUGCCCUCCCCCCCUGAAAGUUUGGGGUAUUUAUACUGCCCUGUUUUGGCCUGUGGUGGAGAAAAAGUAUUUUCACAGAGAAGUGAUACAUUUUAACCUCUCUGGCAGCUCAGAUGGUGUAAAUUUUAUAGUUUUGUAUAGAAGUUGAGUUUCAUAACAAACAAAAGAUGGAUAUAUUUCAUUUUUAUAAAGAAAUUUGAAGCGGUACAUUUUACUAUUUGUAGAGGAUGAAUUCCAUUGAUAUUCAUGCUUGUCAUAUCUGUAUGUGUCUUAAUGCAGCCUAAGUCAAGAUUAAUUAAAACACUUAGUAAGAUUAGUUUAAAGAAGGGUGCCUCCUCUGAUGUGCUACUUUUUAAACAAUUAACUUUUAACUUCCCUUUUUGUAAGAAGAAAAAGCUGAAGUUUUUCUGCAAAGUGUCCUUCAUUCUACUAUGGUGAUGACACUGAAUUGCCACUGCCUUAUAAUAUGAUGCACUCACACUUUUUAAAAAAAAUGUUCAUGAAGAAAUGACUUUGGCUGAAGCAUUACAGCCAUUAGAGUUUCAGGUGUCCACCUUUUUAAAUGUGCCAUUUAUAUUUUAAACAAAGGAAGAAAAUGCACAACAGCAAGAGCAUAAGUUGUGGAAACUAAUGUUAUGUACUAUAGAGGCAUGAUAUUCUCAGAUAUUUGGAAGGUUUUAUAUCUCUAUAAAACCUUAAUAAAACACUAAAAAAAUAGUGGCUCAGUAACUUUUCAUUCUAAUACUAAAAUGGAUAUAUAACUUUAAUUCAUUUGUAUUGUAUGUUACUUGAAAUUUGUUUUGAAAUGUAUGUAGCAAAUUCCUGAGGGUGAUACCAAA